AAUGAUUCUUAUUCAUUUGCAUAUCAGAUGCCUAUAUACUCUUCUUAUCUGCAUAGAAUUUGGUGCUGUUUUAUCUUCAAACACUGAGACAAAAGUCAAUCCUCCACAGGAUUUUGAGAUAGUGGAUCCUGGAUAUUUGGGUUAUCUUUAUUUGCUUUGGCAACCUCCACUGUUUGUGGAUGACUUUAAGGAUUGCACAGUAGAAUAUGAAUUAAAAUACCGAAACACUGAUAGCGCAACCUGGAAGACUAUCAUUACUAAGAAUCUACAUUACAAAGAUGGGUUUGAUCUCAACAAAGGCAUUGAAGCAAAGAUACUCACAUUUCUGCCAGAGCAAUGUACCAAUGGAUCAAGAGUUAAAAGUUCAUGGUCAGAAGCAACUUAUUGGGCAUCAACAAAAGGACAUGUGAACACCAAAAUUCAGGAUAUGGAGUGUGUAUAUAACAAUUGGCAACAUUUACUCUGCUUUUGGGAACCUGGGAUAGGCGCACAGUUUGAUAGCAUUUACAACUUGUACUACUGGUAUGAAGGCUUGGACCAUGCAUUGCAGUGUCCCAAUUACAUUAAGGCUGGUAGAAAAAAUAUCGGAUGUAGGUUCCCUCAUUUAGAAUCAUCAGACUAUAAAGAUUUCUACAUCUGUGUCAAUGGAACAUCACAAUUCAAGUCUAUCAGAUCCAGCUACUUCAUUUUUCAGCUUCAAAAUAUAGUUAAACCUUUACCAACAGACUACCUUAGUCUUACUGUGAAGGAUUCAGAGGACAUUUUCCUGAGAUGGAACGUUCCAAGAGGCCCCAUUCCACCAAAGUGUUUCAUUUAUGAAAUUCAGUUCGUAGAAGAUGAUUCUACCAGAUUUCAGGCAACUACACUUGAAAAUGAGAUGCACGUUACAAAAUCAUUAAAUGAAAGCCAGAAAUUAUGCUUUUCAGUAAGAAGCAAAGUGAAUAUUUACUGUGCAGAGGAUGGAAUUUGGAGUGAGUGGAGUGAGGAACAGUGCUGGAAAGGUGACAUAUUGAAGGAAACAGUCAUAUUAUUUUUACUGCCACUUGCUUUUGUGUUACUUGUUGUUCUGUCAGCACUGUGUCUCCUUUUGUCUAAGCAAAAAGCUUUACUGAGACUGACAUUUUGUAUAAAAGAACAAGAACACUGCUGAGGAAGAUAUACUCUGCUGAUUUACCUAUUUCUAAUCUUAUGUUCUAAUAUUAAAUAUUAUUAGUUAACUGAUU